AUGGCCACAAUCGAACACGCCGUCUUUUGCUUCGAGACGCUGCACGCCGCGCUCAACCACCGUGCACCGCUCACGCUCAAGGAAGUCGAGACGUCGUACGCCGCAUACCUGGCGCAGAAGGGCGACAAGCCCAAGCUGCCCGCUCUGCAGCGUCUCGUCGACGCGUCUGCCGCGUCUGCAUCGCCGUCCUCGUCUUCGUCGGGCACCUCCAGCACGACCUCCUUGUCCAACGGCGCCUCGUCGUCCGCCUCGGCCGCGACGUCCGCCACGUCGUUGUCGACGGCCGCCUCGGCUGGUGGUGGUGAUGCCGCCAAGUCCGCGGCGCCCGCCGAGACCCCGCUGUUUGUCACCUGGAACACCAUCGACGACGCGGCCCAGGACAUUGCCGACGGCGACGAGGACGAGGACGACACCGAACGCGUCUUGCGCGGCUGCAUCGGCUGCUUCGACGCGAUCCCCCUCGAAGAGGGGCUCGCGACCUACGCCCUGACGGCCGCCCUCGACGACAGCCGGUUCCACCCCAUUGCCCGGCGCGAGCUGCGCCACCUCGAGGUCGCCGUCACGCUGCUGACCGACUUUGAGCCCGCGCGCGGCGGGCCCGAGGACUGGGAGGUCGGCACGCACGGCAUCCGCAUUGCCUUUACGGUGGGCGGGUUCCAGUACGGGUCAACGUACCUGCCGGACGUGGCCGCGGAGCAGGGGUGGACCAAGGAGCAGACGCUCAUCAACCUGAUGCGCAAGGCCGGGUGGCACGGGCGGCGGGACCAGUGGCGCAAGGUGAACCUGCGGGUGACGCGGUACCAGGGCCGGAAGCGCCGGCUGACGUACAAGCAGUACAUGGCGUGGCGGGCGUGGGCGGACGAGCAAGAGGUGGCGGCCGCGGCGACAGUCGUGUAG